AUGGCGAAGAAAAGGACAGUUUCAAAGCACAGUAGAGCUGCAAGGCGUGGAUUGCAUGAUAUUGAGCAUGGGGAAGCAAAAGAUUUGGCAAAGGUGCCAUCUGAAACUUCAAGGGAUGUUAAGAGCUCUAUAAUAAGAACCACUAUCACAAAUGAAAGAUUACUAGAAAAAAAAAUGGAAACUAAAAGAAUAAAGAAAUUCAACAGAAAGAAAACAAGUAAUUUAAAGCGAAAGGCCGACAGAUCUGAAAAAGUUGACGGAAUCUUGGCAGCAAAGAUAGCCCAGAGUAUAUCUAGGGCUAAGUAUAUUCAGCAUCUGCGGAAAUCAGCAUGGGAUCAAAUCAACAAGGAAAUUGAAGUAAAUAACUUACUGAUAGAUGAGGAUCAGAACGAGGAAAAAUCUGAGAGAGACCUCGAAAAGGAAGCCGAAGAUAGAUAUGUGCAAUCGUUCUUUGAAGAUAAUGAUGACUCCGUUAAGAAGCUGGUCUCUUCGGAGAGAAACAAAAACAUUUUUGCAAUCUUAGAUGAGGCCCUGGCCUGA